AUGGCCGUUGUCGCUGUGUUCUUCAAGCUUUCCAUGGCUGUACGUGAUCUUCAUAAUCACCUUGUCGAAGUAAAGGGAGUACCCUCGUGGGCCUCCUAUUCUCUAUUCGCUGGUGUAACCCUCGCACUGGGAUGCAUCCUAGGAUUUUUCAUUGUUCUUAUCAUUGACCAAGUGUUCCCAACCGGAGCCAAGAAAACGACUGCAGCUUCAAAAAAAGAAGUCAAGAAAGAUUCGAAUGGAUCAGCCAAAAAGUGUAAGUUUUGA